CAAAUUCCCACCGUUGUUUUCUGUUCAGCAACUUCACUUCAGUUGCCGGCUCACCGCCGCCGCCGGUCGCCGCGGCUGAUAAGAAAUGCUGGAGGCGAAGAGCUUGAAGAAAGCGGCGGUUCCGUCGAGCCUAUUCGAGCACCCUUCUCCCGGAAACCUCCAGCCCACGCGUCUCGCCCUCCAUGUAAACGCUAGAGGCGAUGAAUCGUGCUGGGUAUAUAUUGCUUCCGGUUGUAGCAUUUACAAACUCCUUAUUUCAACAAAUAAUUCAGCAGUGAAUCUAGGAAAGCAGGACCUCCUAAUCCCCGAGCAAACCGAGGUUCUGGAAUCUGCAAUUGUCAAUCGAUGCCCUCAUCGUUCCGAAAUACAAUCAAUAGUGCUUGCCGAAACUGACAGCACUGGUUUCUCAGUUUUAGGAAGUGUGGACUCGUACGGCUAUGUUAUAGUUUCUAAAUUAAAAAUGUGUGGUGAAGAUGUAGAUAGGUCGACCUUUUCAAUCUCUCCUCGAGAUUGUGGUGUUGGAGAGGGUAGUUGGGCUGGUCUAUGCUUCAAUCGAACUCAGUGGUCCAUGGCAGCUGUUGCACACAGUUUUGGGAAGAGCAUUGAUGUGUAUGACCAAGAUAUUCAUCUUCGCAGUCUACGCGCAUUGUUGUAUCCAACUUCAUUGAUCUUCAUGCAAAAUUUGAAUGGUCAUGGUGAGAGCUCAAUGUUAGCCGUCACAGAAGGGUGCCAGCUUAGUAUAUGGGACAUACGAAUGAGAGAAAAAGGAGGGUGUGUCCAUAGAAUUUGUGGGUCAGUAGGGGACAUCUUAUAUGCAGUCUGUGAUUCCUCAAAUGGAACUAUUGCAGCAGGUGGAGCUGAUCGCACCGUUUCUGUUUAUGACCCUCGCAGAUGGUCAGCCCUGUCAAGAUGGAUGAACUGCUCUAAAUAUGAGAUAACAAGACUUGCGUUCUCCUCAGUUGAUUCAGAUUACAUUUAUGUACAAGGAGUUGAUUAUGAGGUUUCGUGUGGACAGUGGAGAGAUGGAAUGAAAGGGUUUUCAUUUAGAGGCGAUUCAAACUGGCUUGGCUUCAACAAGUGCGGCGACAAGGACCUUGUGGCGGGAUGGUGCGAUUCAGGGAGCGUAUUUCUGGCCGAUGCUGUCUGUAAGGAAGAACACAUUACAUGAUGUGGAGAAACAUGUGAGUUUUGAAGCUUCAAAUGUUGCACCUUCAGCACUGUCAAGUGUUUAGUUAAUACUUCAAGUGAUAGUAAAACUAAGCUUGUGGU